UAAGGAGGAGCACCCUUCGUAAGGAGCAGAGUUUUCUUCUACUCUGUAUCUUACUAGACAAAAGAUAAAGAUAUUAAUAAAUAAAUUUAUUUUUGCUUAGUUCUGUAAAAGAAAACCACGCGAUUUUUCUUUAAAUAUAGCAACGUCAGGAGACUCACGCCGGAAACUUCGGUUUUGUAAGCCUCCGUCAUAAUAUUGAAAAAACCAGUUGUGAAGACGUCAUCUUCUUCGGUCUUGCUCCUCGCAAAGAACUGUUGAAAGACGGACUACCAGAAUUGUGUCACAAUCGAAAGAUUCUGAAAGACUUGGGUUCUGCUCAAAUCUUCUCAGAUAUCUUCCGACGAACUUUUCAAAAGAAUUUCGAAAUCAACUCUUGUGUUCUUCGUAAGGUGCCUCGAAAAACUCUUGCACAGUUGUCUUAACCUUUCGCCAAAAAGGUGUUUGUGGAUCGCCAGAGCCUGCAGUCUUACCUUCGUCGUCCGCCAUUAUCGAAUCGAUACUGAAAAUUUGACAGAAUGACACGUUGCUCACAUCUUAUUGAAUGGUCGCUUGAAUGAUCCUGAUGGGUGGCUUGCAUUUGGGCCACAAUCACCUGUUUCUAUAUUUGGCAACAGAUAAAAUGAAUUGAUUUACAAGAAUUGUUCUUUCAUUGGAAACUAGUUAAGUGUACUUGAGCUAGACAGCACUCUUCUGCAUACUAUGGGAAACACAUUUUCAUGUUUUCCGUUGAAUACGAUAAACGCAAAGCAUAAGGCUUCUUCUAAGGACAGUAUUAACGGCUUCCAAAAGGCUGCUGAAGAGACGAACGGUUGUGGUCCCUCCCUUCCUUUUGUUGGUCCACGAAGAAAAAAGUUUGUGGAACAGGUUAGUUCUUGUAGUGAAGAUAAAGCUAAAGGAGAGAGGCGCCUGGACAAGGCAACACUUGCGCAGUCUGCAACUAACGUUCACAAAAGAGCAGUGAACAGCAAACAGCUUCCCAAGCCGUUGAAAAUUGAAGAAAAUAGUCGUUACAUAGGGCAGGUUCCUAUCUUACUGAGUGAAUUUACAGUCCCUGUUCCCACUUUCUCUUCGAAUAGUAAGAGAACUGAAGAUAUAGCGACAUUUGGUCUUUACCAGAAUCCGAAACGACAGCGUUUGUCUUCUUUUGAUAUUCCUCAAAAAGUAGAUACAUCUCUUGCCGUGCCUAUUGCAAAUCUUGCGUAUCAAGGCGAGCUUUUGGAGGGUUAUCAGAUACCAAGGCACCGAUCUUUCAGCUUGGAUAACGCCGAAGCAGUGCUUUAUAGGUCCGAGAAUUUUUCAAAAGUUGACAAAGGUAGAUGGCGUAAGUACUUGAAGUACUCAGGUGCAGUUAAAAAAUGUUUGUAUACCUUUGAGUGUAGACGAAACACACUGGACUGUCCUUCAUCACUAGACAGAGAUGAUUUGGAAACAUCUAAGUUGCCCAGAACGUGUAAAUUCACUCAAGCCAUCUUUAAUAAUGAUCCAUAUCUUGGGGUUCCUGACUCAAGCAAUAGUUGUACACGUUUCUUAUCUGUUGAACGGCCAACGAAGCUGUUGCAUUGCUCGACUAGCGCUGCAGAACCAUCUGUUGAAACUGGUAUAGCAGAUGAAGCAGAUCAAGACAGCGAUCAUCUACUUGAUGAGUCGGAAACCAUUUCAGACAACGUUAAAUGUGGUAUCUUAUCAAGAAAGCCGCAAUCUAUGAAUGAAGUUAUUCGUACUUGUCAACAUGUGAAUCAGAACUCUUCUGUCAACGAUUAAGAAUUUGUAAUCAGUCGUUUGUUUUAUUAGAUUUGGUAACUAAUUGACUAACUUUGAUUGUCCACGUACUUUUCUGAUCUGUCAAGAAUUGCCUUUUUUGAAACCAUAGAGCAACUCUUAUGUAAAAAAGUUUUUGGUUGCGGUAGACUAUUAAAUAGACAUUGCGACCUUAGAAGAAGUGUUGAAUAAUUAUUCUUUCAACCAGAACGAGAAAUUUGAAUGAAUCAUCUUUAACUGAU